AGGCCGAAGACUUGGCGCAUUCCUUUUUUUCUCCCCUCUGGCCAGCCUAAUAAAUCACUGUAACAGGGCAGUUCUCAUAAUUCGGUCCGAUUCGUUCAGUACCGGGCUGCUGGGCACCGCUGUUAUUUGCUCUGGCAAUAUUCAAACUGAUCUCUUCAAUCCUGGAUUGAAUAUUCUGGAAUUAGUCAAUAUACCAUGCCUGCAGUUUAUUUGGUGCUCUGAAUGGCUGUUGGAAAGGAAUGUACAGUCUGAUGGCCAAUUGCUGCAGCUGGCUAAAACGGUGGCGAGAACCCCUCAGGAAGGUGACAUUGAUCAUGGUGGGUCUUGAUAAUGCUGGGAAAACUGCAACAGUAAAAGGAAUCCAAGGAGAAUCCCCUGAAGAUGUGGCUCCAACAGUUGGAUUUUCUAAAAUCGAUCUUAAACAACAAUGGUUUGAAGUCACAAUUUUUGACUUAGGAGGUGGAAAACGUAUUCGGGGCAUUUGGAAAAAUUACUAUGCUGAAUCCUAUGGAGUAAUAUUUGUUGUGGAUUCAAGUGAUGUGGAAAGAAUGGAAGAGACAAAAGAUACAAUUUCAGAAGUUCUAAGACAUCCUAAGAUAUCAGGGAAACCUGUAUUAGUAUUAGCAAAUAAACAAGACAAAGAAGGUGCCUUGGCAGAAGCAGAUGUGAUUGAAUAUUUAUCUCUUGAAAAGCUUGUCAAUGAGCACAAAUGCCUGUGUCAGAUUGAGCCUUGUUCUGCUAUUGUGGGCUAUGGAAGAAAAAUCGACAAAUCGAUAAAGAAAGGUUUACUUUGGCUGUUGCACACUAUAGCAAAAGAUUUUGAUGCCUUACAUGAAAGAAUUCAGAAAGAUAUCACAGAACAAAAAGUCAUUGAAGAGCAAGAGAAACGAGAGCGAGCAGAAAGAGUGAAGAAGAUAAGGAAAGAAAGAGAACAAAAAGAGAGAGAAGAAAAUGAACGGGAAGGAAGGAGCAUUUUGGAUGAAGACGACUCUGAGCCUGUAACUGGAAACCCGUUUCAGGCCAUAUCAACUAUAAUCACUAAGAAUGAAAAGAAAAUUGAAAAAGAGAAGAAGAGGCAAAGGGAAGAGAAUGAAAAGAUUGCUAUUGGCUUGAAACCUAAAACAAAUCAGGAGAUAAUAGAUGUUCAGAGUCUGAACAGUGAGCAAUCCAACGAACAGAGACUGAUAGAAAACUAUAAAUCUGCAAUAACACAACAAAUAGAACACGAAGAUGAGAAUGACCAGCAGAUCUCAGAAAGUCUUGACUCUGGUGAUAAUGCCACUUUGAAUCCAGGAACAGAAAACAGUAAAAAGAAAGCAAAGAAACUAAAAUUAAAAAGGAAUCAUCGAGUUGAGCCAGUCAAUUCAGAAGAAAUUGUUUCCCCACUUCCUACUCCAAUUGCAAUUCAUGCACCAGUUGGAUGGGAAACACCAAAAGUUAACAGAAUUCGAAAACUUGAGCCCCUUGGUGAAACUCAUCAUAAUGAUUUCUAUGGAAAGCCAUUGCCGCCACUUGCUAUCCAUCAAAGACCUAACAGCGAUAUGCAUGGUGUUAUUUCUUAACCAGCAGUCACUUUGUAGCUUUCAAGAGGAAUCCAAAAUAACAUUACAUUAGACAUUGCUUUCUUUUUUGAAGAGAUACCUGCUAUUCUUACAAGUUGCUGGGCAAGGGCAUCAUGGUUACAUUGGGUUCCUGGUAAGAAUGUUUCUUUUAAAUGUUAACAAUCCUGCUUCCUCAAUUUACCAGCUACUCUUCAAAGUUGAUAUGGAACAAGGAAACUCAUACAAGCAGAAUUCUUGCAAAAGAAAUGACAACAGGAUAUUUAUUUCCCUUGCUGAAAACAAUACUCUCAAGACCAAACUCAACUUGAUUAUGCACAUACAUGCUUUCAGUUUGGCUAAAUAUUUUUCUAUAUUCAACACUUCAAGAGUUUUUUUUAAAAAAGUACAUGCAUGCUCAAAUGGGAAAAAAUA